AUGGACGUUACUGACUAUAAUUGGGUUUCCAAAGCUACCGAUAAUAUUGAUAAGUAUCUACACAGAGGAGGAGAUGGUAAAGGAAAUGAACCACAACUUCUUGGAGGUACAGACCUUGCUAAUACAAUAGGUAUAGCGUUGGGAUUAACUCUUAGUGAUCCAACUACUUGGUCGGAGUAUGAAUUACAACAGGCAGAAAGAGCGAAUCUCUGCUUUUUUAAAGGAACUGCUCGUGAAGCCAUAAACAUUAUUAUAGAAACAAUUAAAGAGCGUUGCAAUGGUGAUGAGUUCAAUUUUAUCACUGUGAUUCCUAUUGAGCUAAAUUUCAACAAUAAACUGUAUGAAAUACCGGUAUUUAAAGUACAACGUUAUCGAAACUCAACUAUUUACUAUGUUGACAAUAUAGGAAGAUAUUACACCAGCUUCCGUGAUUGGAACAACAAUAAUAAAUUACCACCUUGUAAAAUAAUAUACCCCAAAGGACUCGAGUUAGUCUCUAAUGGGAAUCAUACUGCUGUUACGCCGCCUUAUAAUACGACCGUUGCUAGAGUAGAGAAUCAAGUUACAGAAGGCGUUGAUAUUGCUGCUGGAGUAAUAGGAAUCGGCUCAGCUGUAGGACUAAUUAUCUUAUCAGGUCCGUUUGCACCAUUUUUAGCAGUAGCAGGUGGGGCAAGUGCUAUAUGGGGCACUACCAGAGCAGUUUCUGAAUUAGUUGAUAGAGGUGAUCAUGGACAAACGAUUGAUCCCUUUAAGGAUGAAACAGCUAGAAUGUUAUGGUUAGGUGUCGCCGCUAAUGUAACUGGUUUUGGGGCUAUGGGUGUCAGUAUGAGAGUUUCAGCGGUCGCAGCUCGUGGAAUAGAACUAGCAAACGCGCAAAAAGUUUUCACAAAUGUAGUUAAUGGCGUUAGCUUAAGCCUUAACUCUGUUGCGAUUAUUAACAACACAGUUUACUUAAUUCAGCAUAUUAAAGAAAUGAGUGCAGGUGAAAUUUUACUAAAUCUAGCCCUCUUAGCAUUCUGGACCAAGGGAACCUUUACAUUUAAAAGAGCAAGUGUUAUUAUGGAAGAGGCUCAUAAUGAAGCGUUUGCUCGUAUAUCCCAAGAACUACCUCCAAGCGCACGAGAUGAAUUUGCAGAAGUUAGAAGUAGAGUGCAGAAUGACGAAAAUCUACUUAAUUUAUUUCAUACUGCUCACAGGUCAAAUAUUUCUACAAGUGAAUUCUCUCAUCUAAUGAUAGAUGGUAUGCAUUACUUUGAGCACGUAGCAAGACUUAACCCCGAACAAAAAGAAGCUUUUUUAAGUUUGCGUAAUUACCUUCAUGACGACAUGCGACUUCUUACUGGUUUACAGCGGUUUUCUCAAGCAUCUCAUUUAAAUAGGGAAAUUACACUUGAGUUAGUUUUGACACUGUGGCAAAGGUAUACAAUUUCACCUUCUUGGGGCGAUAUAAAAUUAAUCAACGGCAGUAUUAUAAUAGGUAACGCUCCACCUUUCAAAAUUACAGAAACGCUUGAAUUGUCGUCGCCCCUAUUUAGAUUUGUCGGUGAACAUUUAAGUAAAGUAGAUACAAGCUCCAUGGAUCAGUGGUCUAUUCGAGAGUUAAUAUCAUUUCAGGAUCAUGGGUUGUUUACUAUAUGUCCAGUAACUGCAAUUAGUAAAACAGGCUAUUCAACAAUUGCAUUUAAUGGUCUAAUACAAAUUAGUUUAAGAAAGCUACAGUCAAUAUCUACCGACUCACUUGAAUCAAUGUUCAAAAUGAUUGGCGAGCUAAAACCAGAGGAUACCGUCACUAGCUCAAAAUUACCUUCCGACGUUGUAAAAUUAUGUGUCCGUCAAUACAGAUUGCGUUUUGAGGUACAUAGAAAAGAAAGUUUAGAAUGGGCCCGCGGAUCAGUUACUCAAGAAAAUUUAAUAAAUAUACUCAAAGAAAAUCUUUUACCACACGAAAAGGACAGAUUGUACACUUUUAAAACUGAAGUAAAUAUGAUGAAAGCUGACGUGUAUAUGAAUGACAUGAUGAAGUUUGUAUCUGAGAUGAACCCGAAAAAUGUAAGUGAAAUGGUGGCGUACAGUGAAUUUGCAAUGACAUAUGUCGAUGAAACAUCCGCAAACAUUGAAGCAAGCCUUCGAAAUGGCACCACAAAAUUACCGCACAAUGCGAAGAAGGCUGUCUGGCUGCGUCAACAAGCAAAAGAGAAAACAUUUCACAACACGACAGAGCUGAAGCAAAAGUUGAAUGAUUUCAUGAAAAUAGUAGAUGAAAAAGACAUGGUUGGAGUGCAAGUGGUACCAAAGGGACUACCUGAUGAGAAACUAGUUGAAGAAAUUCGUUCAUUAAAGAUAAAAUUUGGUGGAAGAGCUUCCGCUGCUUAUCAUAUCUAUAAACAUAGUACCGAGCCACUUACUGCUUAUAUAGACCAAGCUAAUAACACUAUUAAAUCGCCUUCAAGUAGUUAUACGGUAUCGAUUGGCCAAGAAGGUGAUUCAAGAAUUAUAUCAUUUACAGAUGCCAAUGGAAGUGGCAUAGUUCUUGAGAAAGAUGGACGUGUUUUACUCGCAAGCUUUAGAGCUAGUCAUAGAAAAUGA